AGAGGGAGGAGGAAGAGAUUGAGCAUGAUGUGGGGGAGGAUGCGUGGGAGGGAGAGAAGGAGAAGCAGGAUGUGAAGCGUGAGGAGGAGGAGGAGGAGGAGGAGGAAAGAAACCAUACGCAAUGAAUGAAUAUGGAGGAGGAGGAGGAGGAGGAGGAGGAGGAGGAGGACGAAGUGGAUGGAAAUGAGGGCAAUACGGCGAAGGAGACUCUGGGGGGCAAGGAGGAAAUGAAGGAGGAGGGCUUGAGGAGGGAGCGUACGGAGCAGGGGAACAUGGGGAAGCAUAACAUGGGCAAUGGUAAUAUGGGGGAGGAGGAGGACAUGGAGGAAGGGGAGGAAGAGGAAAGUGACAAGGAGGAUAUGGUGGAGGAUGAAACACCCAGGCAGGAUAAGGAGGAGGAGGACAAGGAUGUGGGGGAGGGGGAGCAGGGGCAGCUUGAGGACUUCCAGCUUUCCGCUUCCGCUUCCGCUUCCGCUUCCAGCUUCCGCCUCCAGCUUCCGCUUCCGCUUGCUAAUGCUGCCUCUGCCGCUGCUUUCCACGCUUACGCUUCCGCUUUCGUUCCCCUUCCGCUUCCAGUUCCAGUUCCGGUUCCGGUUCCCGCUUCCAGCUUCCGCGUCCGCUUCCGCUUCCGCUUCCAGUUCCGGUUCCCGGUUCCGCUUCCGCUUCCGCUUCGGCUUCCGCUUCGGGUUCUGGUUCCACUUCCGGUUCUGGUGAUUGAUUUGCUCGGUGCCUUCGGUUUAUCGGGAGUUACGGCGGCGGCGCCGCUGUUUAUCUCAGUACUAAUGGCGCUAUGAGCGGCUGCGAUCUACCACACGUACACACCCUCGGUCGCUAUCUACCGCACAUACACACCCUCGGCUGGAUGCAGCGUCGGUGGCACAAGAAUAUGGCACUGAUCGACUGCAAAAUGAAAUACUUAAAUUCGA